AACUCUCCUUGUUGACAAUAUUAUUUUAUUAACAUUAUAUUUUUUUUCCCAUUCAAUUUUCCCUGAUUUUCUCACUAACCAAACGACUGCUUGGAAACUGGAAAUGGCAACUGCUGCUGAGGCAGAAGAAGAUAACACAUGGGAGGAAGCAUUGAGAAAGAUGUUACCUGCAGGUGCACCAUUACCAGAUGAAGACCACCUCGAUUACUCCAUCGCCGUCGAAUAUGAAGGCCCUCCGGUUUCUUACCAAGUCCCUCGUGUUGAUCCACUGAAUCUCGAUUCCCUUUCCAUUCGCUCUUCUUCUCUAGCUUCUGUCGCUGACGACAAGGAUCUUUCUAAUUCUGUUCCCGUUGCUGCUCCGAUCACUGGUGCUAAGAUUGCCAAAUUCAGUCGUUUUAGGAAUGGAGCUGCAAAUGUUUUGAUUAAAGAAUCAACUAGUUCGAGACCGCAGAUUGAAAGAGAUGUAAAUGGAGAAAACGAGGAACAAGGAGAAUUGGAGCGAGUUGGUAAUGGAAGAGAGGGAGAGGAAGACGAAGCGUUGUUUGUUAGAAAUGAGGGAAAGCGUGUGAAUGUAGUGAAAUUUAAUACUCCUAGAGAUUCGGAAACGGAGGAUGAUGGAUAUUCAUCGGCGCAAUCCAGUGCUGCUGCUGAUGCUUUGGGUCCAACUUCGGUGGUUCGAAAAGAGUCUAGGAAGAGAGGAGUUUGCAGUAGAUGUGGGAAAAGGAAUAGGUUGAAGGAGAGAGAGGCAUGCUUGGUGUGUGAUGCGAGGUACUGUAGCAAUUGCUUGCUUAAGGCCAUGGGAUCGAUGCCUGAAGGGAGGAAGUGUGUUAGUUGCAUUGGGCAUCCCAUAGAUGAAGUAAAAAGGUCUAGUUUGGGUAAGUGUUCAAGGAUUUUGUCCAAAGUGUGCAGUCCAUUGGAGGUUAUGCAGAUUAUGAAGGCGGAGAAGGAGUGCGGAGCCAAUCAGUUGAGACCUGAGCAGUUAAUUGUGAAUGGGAGGCCACUCAGGCAAGAGGAGUUGGCUGAGGCUUUAGGGUGUCCUAUCCCACCACUGAAUUUGAAACCUGGAAAGUAUUGGUAUGAUAAGGAUUCAGGGCUAUGGGGAAAGGAGGGAGAGAAACCUGAUAGGAUAAUUAGUUCCAAGCUUAAUGUUGGUGGUAAGCUUCCGCUGGAUGCUAGCAAUGGAAACACAAAGGUUUACAUAAAUGGCCGUGAAAUUACCAAGAUUGAACUCAAAGUGUUGAAGCUGGCCAAGGUACAAUGCCCUCGAGAUACACAUUUUUGGGUGUAUGAUGAUGGAUCUUAUGAAGAAGAAGGCCAAAAUAAGAUAAAAGGAAAAAUAUGGGGAAAGGCAUCGACUCGUUUCCUUUGCUCGUUGUUUUCGCUGCCCGUGCCACCUGGGAAUCUUUUUGUGCCAAAAGAUCCAAGAUCCUUUUCAGGUAGGUUGGUGCCCGAGUAUUUGGAACAGGGAAGGGUCCAGAAACUUCUGUUGUUGGGGUUGGAAGGAUCUGGAACCAGUACCAUCUUCAAGCAGGCAAAGUUUUUAUAUGGGAACAAGUUCACCCCAGAAGAGUUGCAGAACAUCAAGCUUAUGAUUCAAAGUAACAUGUAUAAAUAUCUUAGCAUAUUACUUGAAGGACGGGAGAGGUUUGAAGAGGAAGCUUUGAUGGAAAAGAUAACUACUGCACUGAAUGCUGAAGAAUCUGCUUCAGGUGAAACAGAAGUUGAAGCAAAUCAACACUGUAUCUACUCAAUCAACCAAAGGUCCAAGCAUUUUUCUGACUGGUUACUGGAUAUUAUGGCUACGGGAGACUUGGAUGCCUUUUUUCCUGCUGCAACAAGAGAGUAUGCUCCUAUUGUUGAUGAGGUCUGGAAAGAUCCUGCCAUUCAGGAGACAUACAAGAGAAGGGAGGAAUUGCAUCUUCCUGAUGUUGCCAAAUAUUUUCUAGAUCAGGCUGUUGAAAUAUCAAGCAAUGAAUAUGAACCUUCAGAAAAGGACAUUUUAUUUGCUGAAGGAGUCACCAAGAGUAAUGGCCUUGCCUUCAUGGAAUUCUCAUUUGAUGAUCGAAGCCCCAUGUCUGAGAUAUAUAACGAGGAAUCUGAAUGUCUGCCUCCCAUGGCCAAGUACCAAUUAAUUCGAAUAAAUUCCAAAGGAUUGCAUGAUGGUUGCAAAUGGCUGGAAAUGUUUGAAGAUGUGAGAGCAGUUAUCUUCUGUGUUGCAUUGAGUGACUAUGAUCAAAUUUGGGCUCAUGGUUCGGGUCCUCAUUGUAAUAAAAUGUUGGCUAGUAGAGACAUGUUUGAGAGUUUGGUGAGGCACCCUUGUUUUAGAGACACCCCUUUCGUGCUUUUUCUGAACAAAUAUGAUGUAUUUGAGGACAAGAUCAACCAGGUUCCUUUGUCCACCUGUGAGUGGUUUGCAGACUUUAGCCCUUUGAAGGCCCAUAACAAUAGUCAGACUCUGGCUCACCAAGCAUACUACUAUGUGGCUGUGAAAUUCAAGGAGCUAUAUUCUUUAAUCAGCGGAUGUAAGUUGUUUGUGUGGCAGACCAGAGCCCGGGAGCGUACCUCAGUUGAUGAGGCAUUCAAGUACGCAAGGGAAGUCCUCAAGUGGGAUGAAGAGAAGGAUGAUAACAUGUAUGGAAUCACUGGGGAUGAUUCAUUUUACAGUACAGAAAUGAGCUCCAAUCCUUAUAUAAGGCAAGAGUAACCAGGUAAAUCCUUUCUGCACUGGCAAGCCAACAUUAUGAUGAAGUGGGAGACUGAUUGGAAAUUUGAUGGAUUGUGGUAAUAUGAAAGAGAGAAAUUGAGAUGAUUUAUAGCUUUGUCAGGGGUCAUGCUGCUGUGUGCUGUGUGGUCUUGUUGGUUAGAAUAGGGAUUGAUUUAUAAAUAAACUGAAUCUAAUUUGAGGGUUUCUUUGUUUUCUCAUUUUAUUUUUGGGGGUUGAGGGAAUUUAUCCAUCUGUAUAGCUUUAGCUUACUCUGUUCACCAUAAUAAAACCAGCUUUUGUAAUCAUUUUAUUGUUUAGAUUUCCUGUAGAUUUUCGGGAGAUUACCUUCAUUGUUAGACACUGCUCUUUGUUAGCUUGCCAACUCUUCAGAAAUACAACAAUUUCGCUUUUAUUUUUGUUA